AUGCCCCUCCGCCUCGCCGUCCUCGAGUGCGACACCCCCCAGCCCCAGACGCGCGCCAUCUACAACAGCUACACGGGCGUCUUCUCCGCCCUCUUCGCCGCCGCCGGCAAGCAGCUCGUCCCUCCGCAGGACCUCGACUCCCUCCUCUCCAUCAGCGGCUACGACGUCGUCAACGAGCUGCACACAUACCCUGCCCUCGACGACAUCGACGCCGUCCUCAUCACCGGCUCGCGCCACACCGCCUAUGACGACGACCCCUGGAUCAAGAACCUCGUCCGCUUCACACAAAAGGUCCUCGACAGCGGCCGCGUCCGCGUUGUCGGCAUCUGCUUCGGCCACCAGAUUGUCGGUCGCGCCCUCGGUGCCCCGCUCAAGCAGAGCUCCAAUGGCUGGGAGGUGGCCGUCACCGACGUCGACCUGACGGACAAGGGCAAGGAGAUUUUCCAACUCGACAAGAUGCGAAUCCAGCAGAUGCACCGCGACAUCGUCGCCCAUCUCCCCGCCGACGCCAUCCCCAUCGGCUCCAACUCCUUCUGCUCGGUCCAGGGCAUGUACUCCCCCGGCAGGUACCUCACCGUCCAGGGCCACCCCGAGUUCACAAACGAAAUCAUCUCCGAGAUUCUCUUCAACCGCCACACCGUCGGUAUCUUCACCGACGAGGUCUAUACCGACGGCACCAGGCGCGCCCCCGCUCCCCACGAUGGCGUCGCCAUCGGCAAGGCGUUUUUGAAUUUCAUGAAGCAGGGAUGA